AUGGUGGAUUGUGGCAGUGCCCGAUGUGUGCAAGAAAGACGAACAUUUAAGAAAGAAUUACUGUCAUGGAGCAAAAAAGUACCUUACACCGUCGGGCUGGAACUCAUUGCAGAGCAGUUGUUUGGGAAACGCCUCAUGGGACAUUUACUGGAACCGUACAAUAAUCUUGAACCCGAAGAUGAGGAGGUCAGCGAUUGGACACCAGCAAAUGAGUGCUUUUACUGCCAAAACAAACUGGAUGGCUCUUCCACAGAUACACAUGAUCACGGGAGCGUCCCACCAAUAUUCUUCCUCGAGAAUGGCGAUGGCCCAUUAGAUCUGAGUGCUACUGGAUCCCCAUUGGUCGAUGAUGUCAACAUCCCACAGCCAAAGGUUCACAUUGAACUGAAGGUUCCGCAGAUCAAGAAAACAGAGAAGAUCAAGCGUGAUGGUGGCAAGAGACAUUACACAGAAGACGAACUCUACUCAGCAGUGCAGGAGAUCCGCGACGGCAAGAUCGGCACGCGGCGUGCGGCCGUGCUCUACGGGAUUCCACGAUCGACACUCAGGAACAAGAUCUAUAAAAUGGACGUCGAAGACGCCAAUCCUAACAAGGCCCUAACGAUGGGUGACUUACUACAGAACGGACACACCGCACUAGCCUUUGGCCUUACUAAUGGAAACUUUAUGGAAUUUGAUUCGUGGGAGCAAAAACUUGAAAUGAUUCGCCGCAAACACAACUUGCAAUCCUUUGGUGGUAUAGACUUGGCAGAAUAUGGAUUAUUACCCGAGGAAAUGGAUUUCAGUAAACUGCCAUUUGCCAACGAAUUGAAAUUGCCGUUUUUGCCGGAGUUAGUGCGUAAAAUGGCUGAACAACGUAUGCAGAUGGAGAGAGAGAAAGUCACUAAUGAUGACAACGUUGAUGACGACGACCAUUUGGCCGAUUUAUCCCAGGGUGCAUCUGGUAACACGCAGCACGUUAGUCUGAAGAUUCCGUCCUAUAAACCGUCUCGAGGUGACGAUGGUUCGGAGGCAAUACCAGCGAUGGGUUACAAUGAUGUGUUGGACAGUAGUCUCGCACAGGAUGUGGCUUCAUCGAAUCGUAUCGGUGAAACACUCAAGGAAAUAAUCACUAAGACUAUUACUGAAAAGAUUCGCUCGCGUUUCACAAUGGGUUCUUACAGCCCAUUGGCUGGUUACAUGAACGGCCACGAGGAGGCACCAGUUCAGAAAUUGCAGCCUCAAGCUACGCCAUCCCCUGCCAAACGUAUCAGGCCAAAGCCGAUGUCGGCCCAUAAAUCAUCGAGUUCCUCAUCCAACUCUGGAUCGCCGGAAAAACCGGAAAAGAAAACCCGUCCAAAACGUGGACAAUAUCGAAAAUACAACAAUCAGUUGUUGAUGGAAGCGGUGCGCGCUGUUCAGCGCGGUGAAAUGAGUGUUCAUCGCGCGGGGAGCUAUUUCGGUGUCCCACAUUCCACACUGGAGUACAAGGUGAAGGAGCGCCACCUUUUAAGAAAGAAGAAAAAGGAACAGGAGAAACUAGCGCAGAUGGGGACAGGUAGCGAUGCACCUUCUAGUCAGUCACCCAAGCCGCAAGCCAGCACACCGCCUACAGCCGUAGCUACUCCACAUCAAGUGCAAUAUCACGCAUCUAGUCAGGCGGUGUUUCCAAGUCCACUGCCGUUUCUCGCGUGGCCGAUGGAGGCCACCACGUUCUUACCAACUCCUAGUCUAGUCAUUCAGAACGGUCUGACCUUAGCCGACCAGUCAGACAUGAUUCAGCAAUCAGGUUUCGCCCUCAGUACCCCAGCGUCGGAGUUACUCAAGAAGUUGCAACAGAAGGUCCAGGCUGGUGUCGUGUUCCCCGGGCAAACAGAAAAUGGUGAAACGUACAACGAAACUGAGAGCGGCACGAAAGAUGAGUGAACGCUCGAUGGCAUUGUGUCUGGUUGAGAUGUAUCGUAAGAAUGCAUGCUUUUAUCUGUAGUCGUAGCGUGUGGUUUGGUCGACACUUUUCUAUCACCCGUUUUUGUGGUCGAACACUUGUAGGUGCCUUCACAUUUUGUAAACAAACCCUUCCAUGCCUUCUCGACAUCGUCACAUUUACCCUGGAGAUUUACAAGUAUUUUCACAAGACGUCGCUAAUAUUCUGGUCCCUGUGGAUUGUACGUGCGAGGGCCGAGGUCAGGUUUGGUAAAUAACUUGUCGCUGGUUGCAUUUUCACUAACGUCAUUGCUCUUCGUGAUAAAGGCUCAUAUCUAAUCAGUGUUCAUUGCAAAUAAUCAAGAGUGGCUCCCUCUGUAUGUGGCUCAUGAAGCAAUUUAGUUGAUCCUUUAACUUGGCCCUUGAUGUAACGUGGCGUUCUAAGCUUCGGAGGAAAGUUGUAAUUUUUUACUAGAAAAGAAUGCUUGUUGAAAUCUUGUGGGGCUGAACAAUGACAAGUGUGUGUUUUUCCAUCUGAAAUUGGAAAUUCUACUUUUGAGGGGUUUAAUCAAACGUUUUGUUUUGAAAAGAUAUUGGAUGACCUUUCGUUUUCUAGUCAUUUAUGCAUCAAAUGUAUGCAAAACAUGGAAGAGACAAGCUAUUUUCUAAAAUAUACACAUUUUCCAUAAUUUGUGGAAAAUUCCUAAAAAAGCAUGACUGAUAUUGCGUCGUAUUUAUAUGAAAAUUCGUACCAAUUGUAAUAUUUGUAAUAUUUGUGGAUGAAUAUGAUGAAGAUGAUAUGAUUUUGAUUUGAUAAGCGAUUUAUAUGGUUCAUAUUUUUAAAAUGCUGUGCUGUCGAAAUGUGCAUUUCUAUGUGCAAUACAGGACAAGAAUAUUGGUGGAAACGUGGUUCCAUUUCUAUCCUCGUCCCCAUCCGUGCUGUAACCUAGUCUAUUAUUGCCAUUUUGAAAAUUCACGACAUGUAGACUCAGAGACUGAUUGGCUGGCAAAAUGCAUGAAAUUGAGAAUAACCCGUAUAAUAUGUUAAUGAGAUAUUUGCUCUGCAUACAUUUUACGUAUACAAAGUUUUGAUAGUACAUGGUGUACCCUCUAUGAUUGAUGAAUGUCUUUAAAGGGGUACUAUAGGCAGGAACCAGCGGGACCAUUCGGUCCUCUUAAGGUAGCUAUGUGUGCCUCGUUAGGACACCAGGUGUGGUUUGACUUGGUGAUAUUGUCAUUAUAGGACCGUUAGAUUGUACAGGCACUUUCUGUGUUGGGGCGACGUCAUGUAACGUAAUAUGGCCGGGCGGGCUCCUGCUUUUAGUCUCCCUUUAAGUUUGCCAAGCCGUGAAGUACUCUUACCCAGUUUUCAGUCCAUAAUGAUCAAUGCUAGCAAUGGUAAUUUAUCUAUAAGUAUCCCUAACGCGCUAAUUAGUGGACUAUUUUUAGAGAUAAUUGGAAUGGAGGUUUUAGAAAUUUGAUUAGAAUUCAAAAGGCUAAAUGUCCAUUGACCAUCAUUACUCAUGCUGCUAUUUAUUAUUUUCAUAUUCUUCAUGUUUCCAUUUUUUUCUUGCAUCUGUGGGGAAGGAGAUAAAAAUAGAUGUUUCGGUUUAAAUCUGGAUGACUCAAGUCAAUGGGAGGUGUAUCUAUAAAAGGUCAGAGAUUUGUAUUUAACAACAUGUCAUCAUUUAUGGUCUUAUAAUGACUCAUGUGGGAUGGAUUUAGCAAGAUAUUUUGAUGUUUUCUCACAUUGUGUGAUGUUUUUUAGUUGCCCUGAGGCAUUUGUCGCUGGGCGCUGUAUGGUAUUUGAACUUGCCGGCGAACAAUGGCUUCACAAAUUGUUCAAGAAACCAUUGCGAGUAUAAGCCUAAAUUCUUUCUCAAGAUAUGGCACACUUUGGAAAACGAGAUAUCGCAUCACAAUUAAAGAAUCAUAUAAUAUAUAAUGUGAAAUGUUGCGACAGUGUCGUUCCCGUGAUAUGAAUUACAUAACUAACUGCCAACUGGACACUCUCGAUCUCUUUUUCUCGGAUCUCUAAUUAUGUUUUCUAUCUCUAGCCCCAACUACUUCAUG